AUGGGAGAAUUAAAUAAUUCUAAAAAAAACGGCAAAAGCACACAUAUUUCCGAAGAUGAAGUUACAGAACAAAUAAAAUCUACAAAAAGAACACUUUCUCAAUCAGAUACAGAUCCAUCUACCGAGAAAAAGAAGAAAACCAAAGAGAAGAAAAAGAAAAUAAAACCUGUAGGGAGAAAUAAAGGCCCCAUUGAUUUGGAUAAACAAUGUGGUGUCAUUCAAUAUCCAAAGACUACACCAUGCACACGUUCAUUGACUUGUAAAACUCAUUCUGUUGGCUCGAAACGGGCAGUUCAAGGUCGUUCAAAGAGAUACGAUGAAUUACUCGCCGAACACCAAAAGAAGAAAGCUGCAGAACGUCCGCCAAAAGAAAUUGCAGUAUCAAAUAAUAAGCAAGACAAUAAGAUCGAUGACUCAGAAAGAGAUGUUGCUGUAAUUGAUUCAGAUGCGGAAGUUGAUGCUGUCAUGGAAGCAACAAUGUGUUAUAAGCCUCGACCUCUUGUCACGCGACCAAAUUACUAUCUUCAUACGCCACGGACAAGUGAUUAUUUCAAAUACGACGAGUUAUUGCACUCCGACAUUACAACUCCAGAUACUUGCUAG